GAUAUUGAGUAUGAUUAUCGCCUCCGAAAGAGGUAAUUGUGAGGCGUAAGUGUGCAGAGGCAGUUGUUGGAGGUGGAGGUGCUCAGCUCAGGUGGUCGAUCAAUCAUCAACUGCCAUUCAUCGAUUCCUGUACGUUGGAUCGACGAAUGCGUGAACGCGACGAAGACUUCUGACCACCAGAUCGAAGAAGAAGAAGAUCGAUUGAUCGAUGUGGGAGCUAAAGAUAGCCGAAGGUGAUGGGCCCUAUUUGUAUAGUACCAACAACUUUGUCGGUAGACAAUUUUGGGAAUUUAAUCCCGAUCUUGGUACUCACGACGAGAAACAACAAGUCGAAAGGGUUCGCGACAACUUUGCAAAUAAUCGAAGAAAUGGAGGGUUUCAUGCUUGUGGCGAUCUCCUCAUGCGGAUGCAGUUGAUAAAGGAAAAUGGAAUCGAUCUUACGAGCAUACCUCCAAUGAGAGUAAAUGAAGGUGAAGAAGCGAGUUUUGAAGCCGUGACCAAUGCGGUUAAGAAAGGGGUGAGACUACACCGUGCGAUCCAAGCGAAAGACGGACAUUGGCCUGCGGAAAAUGCUGGCCCCAUGUUUUUCACUCCUCCACUCUUGAUCGCAUUAUACGUAAGUGGUACCAUUAAUACGGUGUUGAGUAAAGAACACCAGAAAGAGAUGAUACGAUACUUUUAUAAUCAUCAAAAUGAAGACGGUGGAUGGGGGUUUUAUAUCGAGGGACAUAGCACGAUGAUUGGAUCUGCAUUGAGUUACGUUGCUUUACGAAUACUAGGAGAGGGAGAAGACGACAACGAUGGUGCAAUGACUCGAGCCCGCAAAUGGAUACUUGACCAUGGAGGUGCAACCUCUAUUCCCUCUUGGGGAAAGGUUUAUCUUUCGGUACUUGGAGUGUAUGAAUGGGAAGGCUGCAACCCAUUGCCACCAGAAUUCUGGCUUUUCCCAUCGGCAUUUCCUUUCCAUCCCGCUGAGAUGUGGUGCUACUGUCGGACGACCUACAUGCCGAUGUCAUAUUUAUACGGAAAAAGAAUCCAAGGGCCGAUAACGCAUCUUGUUUCAUCGUUACGAAAGGAAAUUCACUCCACUCCGUUUGAUGAUAUCAAUUGGAAUAAACAACGAAAUAAAUGUUGUAAGGAGGACUUCUACUAUCCGCAUUCUUUUCUUCAAGACGCGUUAUGGCAUACCCUUCACUACCUUACUGAGCCGGUUCUUAAAUAUUGGCCGUUUUCUAAACUACGUGAGAGAUCUCUUGAUAGAGUUGUUGAUCUAAUGCGCUACGAAUCCGAAGAGACUAGAUACAUGACGAUAGGAUGCGUCGAAAAGAGUCUACAAAUGAUGUGUUGGUGGGCAGAAAAUCCAAAUGGGGAUGAGUUCAAAUAUCAUGUGGGCAGAAUACCAGAUUAUUUAUGGAUUGCAGAAGAUGGAAUGACAAUGCAUAGUUUUGGUAGUCAAGUGUGGGAUUGUGCUCUUGCUAUUCAAGCAAUUGUUGCAAGUAAUAUGCCACAAGAAUUUGGUGAUUGUCUUAAAAAGGCACACUUCUACUUACAACAAUCACAGGUUAAGGAAAACCCUUCAGGAGAUUUUACUCAAAUGUGUAGACAGUUUACUAAAGGAUCUUGGACCUUUUCUGAUCAAGAUCAUGGAUGGACUGUCUCAGACUGUACAGCUGAAGCACUAAAGUGUCUGCUGUUACUAUCACAGAUGUCCGAAGAAAUUGCCGGAGAGAAAGAUAAAACCGCCCGUUUAUACGAAGCAGUGAAUGUGCUUCUUUACAUGCAAAGUCCAAUAAGCGGAGGAUUUGCGGUUUGGGAGCCACCGAUUCCGAAACCAUUUCUACAAUUACUUAAUCCUUCAGAGAUUUUUGCAGAUAUUGUCGUUGAGAAAGAGCACGUGGAGACUACAGCUUCCAUUAUCGGAGCUCUGAUAGAAUUCAGUCGUCUCCAUCCAAGACACAGAAAGGAAGAAAUCACACUUUCGAUUUCGAAAGGAAUACGAUAUCUUGAAGAAACACAAUGGCAUGAUGGUUCAUGGUAUGGCUAUUGGGGAGUAUGUUUCAUAUAUGGAACAUUUUUUGCCUUAAGGGCUUUAAGCUCCGCUGGAAAGACAUACGAUAACAGCGAAACAGUCUGUAAAGGUGUCAAAUUCUUACUUUCGAUACAGAACGAAGAGGGGGGUUGGGGAGAAAGCCACCUGUCUUGCCCUACUGAGGUAUAUACACCGUUGAACGGAAACCGAACGAAUUUGGUGCAAACAUCAUGGGCUAUGCUCGGUCUUAUGUUCAGCGGGCAGGUGGAAAGAGAUUCAACGCCUUUACAUAAAGCAGCAAAACUGUUGAUUAACAGUCAGAUGGACAACGGCGAUUUUCCUCAACAGGAAAUUACGGGAGUGUACAUGAAGAACUGUUUGCUGCUUUAUGCUCAAUACAGGAAUAUUUAUCCACUUUGGGCACUUGGGGAAUACCGUAAACGGGUUUGGUAGGGUAAAAGAGUUAUCAUGGGGGAGGGGUAUUUUGGGGAUGAAAUUGUUGUAAAUCUUGUAAAAUAUAUAAAUGAUAAUUCUUAAAAUGAUAGAUUUGUUA